AUGGAGCAGAAGUGUCUCCUUGUCCUCCUGGAGAGCCUGGCGAGCGGCUGGACGGCCCUGAGGAUCACCCUGGACAAACCAGACGGUCCCCACCCAGCGCGGUGGGUGGACUCCAGUUGGGGGGCAUCCCUGGGCACGUGUGCAGCCGGGUCCGAUGAGCCCAGCCCCGAGGGCCUCACCUCCACCUCCCUGCUGGACCUCCUGCUGCCCACUGGCCUGGAGCCACUGGACUCCGAGGAGCCCAGCGAGGCCAUGGGACUGGGGGCUGGCCUGGGAGCCCCCGGCUCGGGCUUCCCCAGCGAAGAGAGCGAGGAGUCCCGCAUCCUGCAGCCGCCACAGUACUUCUGGGAAGAGGAGGAUGAGCUGAAUGACUCUAGUCUGGACCUGGGACCCACGGCAGAUUACGUUUUUCCGGACCUGACUGAGAAGGCGGGUCCCGUGGAGGACACCAGCCAGGCACAGGAGGCACCGCGGUCCCCCUCCCCCUUGCCCAAGAUGAACCUGGCGGAGCCCCCUUGGCACAUGGGCCCCGGAGAGGAGAACGAGGAGGAGGAAGAGGAGGGGCUGCUGCCUGUGACCAGAUCCCAAGAAGCAGCCCAGCGUCCGGCCCACGGCUCUCCUCCCCCAAGUGGCAGCCAGCCCGCAGGGGCCCCCGCACUUCGGCACCAAGAGUCUGGGGCCCAGGCCGCCUCUGCCAUGGAGGUGGGGGUCAGCGUGGACCCGGGCCUGUCCCUGCCCGCAGUCACCCCAAGGCCAGCGACCCUGGGGGGUCAGGACGAGGCCAGCCAGGGGGCAGGGGACACCACGCUGCCGGCCGCAGGGCACGGGGUAGAUUUGGAGGCCCCUCAGGAGGCCAGCGAGGAGGCUGCUCUGGGAGCAGCCAGCUUGGCUGGGCAGCCCGGGGAGGCUCCAUCCCCGGCCUUGUUCCCGCAGCCGGGUAUGCCUGGCGGGGCUGAGGCCCCGGAUGAAGGUGCCCAGCAGCCCGGAGUCUCAGCCGCGGUCCCGCUGGGCCCUCGAGACAUGGAGCUGACACCUUCCUCUGCUCCCUGGGAGCGAGAAGACCUUGGCCCGCCGCCCCAGGAAGGGCAGGCCGCUGGUGCCGCAGCCCCGUCCGGAACACCCUGGGACUCCACACAGGUGAUCUGCAAAGACUGGAGCAACCUGGCCGGGAGGAACUACGUCGUCCUGAACAUGACGGAGAACGUGGACUGCGAGGUGUUCCGGCAGCACCGGGGACUGCAGCUCCUGGCCCUGGUGGAGGAGGUGCUGCCCCGCCACGGCAGUGGCCGCCACGGGGACUGGCACAUCUCCCUGAGCAAGCCCAGUGAGAAGGAGCAGCACCUUCUGAUGACCUUGGUGGGCGAGCAGGGGGUGGUGCCCACUCAAGACGUCCUUUCCAUGCUGGGUGACAUCCGCAGGAGCCUGGUGGAGAUCGGCAUCCAGAACUACUCCACCACCAGCAGCUGCCAGGCCCGGGCCAGCCAGGUGCGCAGCGACUACGGGACGCUGUUCGUGGUGCUGGUGGUCAUCGGCGCCGUCUGCGUCGUCAUCAUCGUGCUGGGCCUGCUCUAUAACUGCUGGCAGCGCCGGCUGCCCAAGCUGAAGCACGUGGUGAGCGGGGCCGCGGGGCGCGCGCUCAGCGUCUGAGACGCG